AUGGCUUCAUCAGAGGAAGAAUGGAACGAUCCAUUUGUUGCUUUGAACGAACCUUUUGCUAGGUUGAACGAGAUGGACUUUGAACGACAUGGUAUUUACAUGGACCAUGAACCAGAGGAUGAGUUCAUGAGCACACUAGAUAAGUGUAAUGAUAAUUUCUUGAAUGUAUUACUUAAUGAUGCUAAUCUUCGUAAUGCAAGUAUGUCUGAUGAAAUGAGAGCACGAGUAUAUCAUGAAAAUGACUGGGAAAGUGAUAAAGAUGAUGAUGAAGAAGUACAACCUAAGUAUAGGGUUCAUGAUCCCAACAUCAAAUGGGACAAGAUGGAACCAAAACUUGGCAAUAUAUUUGAAUCCGCCGAGCAACUUAAAUUUUGUGUUGCAAACUAUGUUGUGUCCCAUGGGUUUUGGAUAGUUAUUCAUAGCCAAGGUUCAGUGUUUGAAGCUAGGUUCAAUUAUGAAAGUUUCAAGGUAGACUUAGAGGCCAGGACUUGCACAUGCAGGCUUUGGGAUCUUUCUGGAAUCCCUUGUGUUCAUACAAAUGUUGCCAUUAACUAUAUCCAUAAGACAACUGAUGGAUAUAUUAAUGAAUGCUUCUCAAAAGACGGGUUUAUUGAAUGUUACCAAAGUAACAAAAUGCCUGUAAAUGGGAGCAAUUUAUGGGAGCAAACUCCCUUCCAAAAGCCUUUGCCACCAAUAGCUAGAAGAAUGCGAGGAAGACCUGCCACCAAAAGGAGAAGGCAUUCAAGUGAAAAAGAGACCAAGUUUGCUACUGCAAGGGUUAAAGUAUCAAGAACUGUGAGGCCAAGAAAAAAUCAAGAGGAACAUGAAAGUGCAACAACUGAAACUCCAAUCAAUCAAAAUGUGGAUCCCAAUCAAGCAUCUGGUUCUAGGAGAAAGACUAGAAGGAGGAGUACAGAAACCAGUAAUGAGCCAAAUCAACCAACUGCUCAAAGGAGAAAAAUAGAUAGUAGAAGGGGUGGAGGUAGAGCUGGAUGUAAGGGGAAAAAACAUGUGGAUGAGGGACAAGUUUAG